AUGUCGAAAAUAAAUUUGAGCCCAAACUAUUGUAGUUGUACUGUGAAUCAAGCUCGAAAUCUAUUAGAUAAAACAAAAAAUGGAAUCGAUCCUUUUUGUGUUAUUUCUAAUGGAAAAGAAAAAUUUGUUACUGCUGUAUGUGAAAAAACUUCUUCACCCGAUUGGCAUGAACAAUGUGAUAUGCCCAUAGCUGAUGAUGCAAGAAUAAAAUUAACUAUAUAUCAUAAAAAUAAAAGCUCGUUAUCUAAAGGAGAUUUUAUUGGUCGUGCUUAUGUUUCUUUACGUGAUUUAAAUGAUUAUGAUCGUGUGCAUACAAAAUGGUGUAAAUUAACUGAUAAAGAUGGGAAAUCUGAUAAAGAUCGUGGAGAAAUUGAAGUUUCGUUGCAAUUUUAUUCAAAAAAUAAUACAACUGGAAGUGUAUUGGAUUUAGCAACGAAAAAAAAACAUUUGUCACUUAAAGACAUUAAACAUUCCUUAAGCGACAAAUUUAAAGUAGCAUCAAAACAUCGAAAACAUGAUCAACAAAACAGUGGAAAUCAAUUAGCUGAUCAACAUCAACGUUUGGGUGGUGACGAUGGCAGUAUAUAUAGUGCACGUCGUUUUCCCGAUGAUUCUACAUCUGAAUCAGCAUCAUUCAUGGGUUCACAUUCAUCCUUGAGCAGCCUACCAUUCAAUGAUACCAAACAACAAAAAAAAAAAUCACUCGCUCCAAGUAGUGGUUUUGGCUCAACAGUGGGUAGUGAAACACCACAUUCAUCACAUCGUUCAAUAACAUCUGAUUAUGAAACAUCAUCAAUACUUGAUUCAGCAUCAAUGUAUGGUGGUGAGGAAACGUCAAUGACAUCACCGUCUAUUCGUUCUCAAAUUCAAGAACAACAACAACAACAUCAAAUUUUCAUUGGUGAUCAUGUUUCAUCAUUCAAUUCUUCAGAUAAAAAGACAAAACAGGAACCAGUACCAUCACCUAUUUUAUCAAAAAAGAUACCAACAAAUGCUUCGAAUUCAAUAUUGUCACCACUAUCAAGAGAAUCUAAACGAAAUACUACAAUCACAAGUGAUGACAUUGAAGCAGCAUUUGAUACUAUUCAUAAUAAUAAUAAUAAUAAUAAUAAUAAUAAUAAAACAUCGAUAAAUAAGUUGAAAGAUUAUGACAUGACGUCAACAUCGAAUGCUUUUUUUGGUUUAUCAACAAUAAAGGAAAAUCUUGACAAAGAUGACAAUAUUUUCAGUACAAAUUCAUCAAAACAGUCAAAUGACGAAGAAAUCGAUUUCAAUAAUAUUAUAACUAAAAUAAAUCAAACAAAUGACAAUCAAACAUCAAAAACGCUUACCUCAGAUACUUAUCAAUCGAAAUCAAAUCAUCAUCCUAAAGAACAACAAAACUCGUUACAUUAUCGAUCUGAUGAUAUUCAAACACCAUCUGCAUCUAUUUCUAUAAAACCUAGUACUAAUUCAAGUUCUUCUAUUACUGUUUCCAAAAAAAAACAAUUUGAUGAUACGCAUGAUUCAACCGAUGAAGAUGUCGAUGAAUUAUUAGGAAAAUUUGAGCGUAUAUCAAGCAUGCGUUCUUCUGUUAGACGUAGAAUUCAACCUCGCGAUGAUAUUAUGCAACAAUCAUUUUUUGAGAAUGAAAAUAAAGGACCUUUUGGAUCCGACCAAACAUCACGAAGUACAACUUUACCAGAUAUUAUUGGGGAACCAUCAGCAAAAGAUUCAUCACCACAUAAAAUUCCAGGACCAAGAAAACUUGUACAUAACGGUCUUUGUGUGCUCGGCUAUGACAAUGUAAAAAGUAUUCCAAUUAAUCCAAAAAUGCGUCAAGAACUUGAUUAUUUGGAUCGCGAAGAACUUCUUCAUGUAAUUGCUUAUCAGACGGAAUUAUUAAGAAAACGUGAUACUCGUGUAAAAGAUCUUGAACACUAUGCUGAUGGUUUACUCGUUAAAAUUGUCGAACAGUGUCCAAAUAUACUUCAAAACGGAACUAUCAAACUCAAUAGAAAAUAA